AUGUCGGAGCAAGAGCAUUAUGGGGACGGUCUGUGCGAUGAUGGAGCUCCUGAGAUCAUCCCGCCGAGAGCGUCCAGGACGGGGAGGCGGAGCGGAGUCAUCCUCCCCGGCCAGGACAACGAUACCAUCGUCCUGGAGGCAGUGAGGGCGGCCCCCCGCAGGAGCAGCAUCAUCAAGGAUCCUUCAAUGCACAAGUUGUCCGGCGGGCGCAAGAAGACAGUGUCCUUCAGUAGCAUACCCUCAGAGAAGAAGGUGAGCAGCGCGGCCGACUGCCUGGCCUUCAUGCAAGGGGGCUGUGAGCUGAAGAAGGUGCGUCCCAACUCCCGGAUCUACAGUCGUUUCUACACCCUGGACCAGGACCUCAGCUGCCUGCGCUGGGAGCCCUCUAAGAAGGAUGGGGAGCGUGCCCGCCUGGACAUGGCCACUAUCAGGGAGGUUAGGACGGGGAAGAGCACUGAGACAUUCCUCCAUAACGGACCUGCUGCAGAACACCUGGCUGAGGAGGCAGCCUUCUCUAUUAUCCACGGGGAUGAAUACCAGUCUCUGGACCUGGUGGCUCUUUCAGCUGACGUGGCCAACAUCUGGGUGACAGGGCUCCGUUACCUGGUGUCCCACCCCUCUGCCAUCGGGCAUGGCGGUGGGGCAGGCGGGGGAGGAGGUCUGGGAGAAGGGAGCAUCAUAGGGGAGGGUAGCCUCGGCAGUAAGAUGAGGAGUGAAUGGCUGGCCACAGAGUUUGCCGAGGUGGAUGAAGACGGGUAUGGGAUCGUCGCAGAGGAUACGGCCGUGGCAACCAUCUGUAAGCUGUGUCCUGGCAUCAAGGAGGCUAAGGUGCGUCUGAGGUUCAAGGAGAUCCAGCGCAGCAAAGAGAAGCUGACGUCUCACGUAACACGCGAGGAGUUCCAGGAGGCCUUCUGCGAACUCUGCACGCGCCCAGAUGUCUAUUUCCUAUUGGUCCAGCUCUCUAAGGAUCGCGAGUGUCUGGACGCCCAGGACCUUCGUCUCUUUCUGGAGACGGAGCAGGGCCUGUCUCUGGCCACAGCUGAGGGUUGUUUGGAGCUGGUCCUACGCUUUGAGCCCUCCAGACCAGGCCGAGAGAGAGGCUUGCUGGGGCUUGAUGGCUUCGCCCGUUACCUGCAGUCUCCAGAGUGCCAGCUGUUUGACGUGGAGCACCAGGGAGUGUGUCAGGAUAUGAGCCUGCCCCUGUCCCACUACUACAUCAGUACUUCCUAUCGGUCCUAUCUCCUGGAUGACCAGGUCCAUGGGAGGGCUGAUCUAGGGGGUUUGACCAGGGCUCUUCAGGCCGGGUGUCGUUGCCUGGAGCUGGGGGUGACAGACGGCCCAGAGGGGGAGCCUCUCCUGGGGGUAGACUAUGGUCCUGAUGCCCACCGCCACCACCACCAUCACCAUCACGCCCCGGUCACCAUCCGCAGUGCUCUGGAGGUGGUGAAUAAGUACGCCUUCCUGACCUCGCCCUAUCCGCUUCUGCUCUACCUGUGCCAGCGCUGUUCCCCCUCCCAGCAGCGUACCUUGGCCCAGCACCUGAGGAAGGUGUUCUCUACACGUCUCUACACCCCUGAGGCCCUGCCGGUCAGCCCGGUGGGGCGAGCCACCACCCUGCCCUCCCCUGAGCAGCUGAAGGGCCGGGUGCUGCUGGUGGGGAAGAAGCUACCCCCAGAAGAGGAGGGAUCCGAGGGAGAGGUAUCAGAGGAGGAUGAGGAGAUAGGGGGAGGCGGACCCUUGGCUGGCCGGCGAAUGACCAUCCCCGGAGAGGAGGAACUGGGUGUGGUUUUAGUGGUACCCCCGCCCCCUCAGCCCAGGAGACUCCGCCUCCAACGCGAGCUCUCAGAUCUGGUGAGCGUGGCAAGAACUGGAAGCCGUAGCUUCUACAACCACCGAGAAAUAAGGAAACAAGGACAGCAGCACUCCCCACCCAGCACCCCCUCAACGCCGGGCACGCCCUCACUCCCUGAUUCGGCCUAUUGGACUCUGUGCUCCCUGGGGGAAGGAGAAGCGGGCCGGCUGGCCAGUGAGAGCCCAGAGGACCUAGUAGGCUUCACCAAGCGUACCCUGACCCGUGUCCGGCCCAGCUCCGUCCGCCUGGACUCCUCCAACCCCAACCCCCAGGGGUACUGGAAGGGCGGGGUCCAGCUGGUGGCUCUCAACCAGCAGACCCCCGGGGCCAUGCUGGACCUCCACAGGGCACGCUUCAUCCAGAACGGGGGCUGUGGCUUCGUGCUGCGCCCGGGGGUCAUGAGAGAUGAGGUGUCCUACUUCAGUGCCGUGACCCAGGGGUGUGUGCCCGGCGUGCCACCUCAGACCCUCAGGGUGAAGGUGAUCAGCGCCCACAACCUGCCCAAGCCACAGGGCGCUGGGGCCAAAGGAGAGGUUAUAGAUCCCUACGUGGUUCUGGAGCUACAUGGGGUACCAGCGGACUGCGCUGAGCAACGGACCCGGACCGCCGCACAGAACCAGGAUGGCCCACUGUUUGAUGAGACCUUUGAGUUUCAGGUGAACAUGCCAGAGUUGGCGCUCCUCCGCUUCGUGGUAUUGGACGACGACUACAUUGGAGACGACUUCAUUGGCCAGUACAGCGUGGCCUUCGAGUGCCUUCAGCCGGGCUACCGCAACGUGCCCCUGCUGGGUCUGGAGGGAGACCCCUUGCCCCACGCUAGCCUGUUCGUCCAUGUUGCCGUGACCAACCGACGAGGGGGGGGCAAGGCCCAGAGGAGGGGUCUGUCUGUGCGGAGAGGGGUGUGGCGGGGGCGAGAGUACGUGACCCUACGGAACACGGGUAUUAAAGCUCUGGAUGAUACGUUCCGUCCCGCUAACACCCAUCUCAGAGAGGCCACAGACCUGCGGGAGGACGCACAGAGUGCAAGUGUGAGUUUCAAAGAGCAGUGUGGACUCCCCCCGGUGGCAAAGCUGAAGCAGUGCAUCCAGAGCCUGGCCACACGGUUGCAGACCCCAGAAGGGCCCCCGGGGGCCAGCAUGACCCUGAGGGAUGGCUACCCCCACCUGGAGGCCCUGGGCAGCAUCACUGAGGUCACGCGCAAACUACUGAAUUACUAUGAUACGAUGAUCUCGGCCAAGAAGCAGCUGAUCGAGAAUGCAGACGCUGUGCAGGAGAGGAUGGCCCAGGUGCAGAGAGAAGGAAUGGAGUUCCACGAGGAGCUGCCCAGGCUGGGAGAGAAGGAGGGGCUGAAGGGACACAAGCAGAGUAAAGCCCUGGAGAGUUUCACCUGGAAUAUUACUGUACUGAAGGGUCAGUGUGAUCUCCUGCGCAGUGCCAAGGUAGACUCUCUGGAUGGUCUGAGACAGUUGGCCCUGGCCUGUGAAGCCUGUGGCCUCACCUCCACGACCUCCUCCUGCACCUCUUUUGGUCCCUCUGAUCUCUUCUACACCUCCCACAGCAGGAGGGGCAACUCCCAGGAGAGGAGAGGAAGCACCCAGGAGAGGAGGGUGAAUACCCAUGGCAAUGGACGAAUAUGACACCCCCCAACCUACCAGAGAGAGGGAAGGGGGAUAGAGGGAUCGAGUGGAUGAGAUGGUGACAACCCCUCAAAUCCCAAACUGUCAGAGAAAGGGAGGGUGGGGAGAGAGAGAGAUGGCGAAAGAGAGCAGAGUUGGAAUGGUCUAGAGUAGAGCCCAGAGCCUAUACCUUUAUCCAGAGUAGUAAGACUAGUGAAGAAUCGUUGCAGUAAUUUGACGGCUUACUUUGUGUUCAUCAGUGGAAAUACAUUUGUGCUUAUUUAAGUCGGACACUUGAAUAUAACGCUCCUACAAUUUACUUCAAUGUUUUUUCUCCCUAAAAAGGGAGUUGUGAUUGUGAAAACACGUUGUUCUUCGGUAAGAAACCUUUGCUGUGGAAAGGACGAGUGAAGAGUCUCUGUCCUUCUGAACCCAUCUAAUUGAUCCCUCGGGAGGAUGUGAUGUCACGCUGUUGAUGCCUUGAGGGGCCGUCUCACCAUGGAUACCACAGGGGGUUGAGUGACAGGUGACCAGACUCUCAGUGUCCCACGGACACAGCUACUGUUACACCCAGCCCCUCUCUCCUUCCUUACCCCUCUUUAUCUCCUUCACCCAGAACCCUCGGUACAUGGAGUGUUUUGAAUGUCUAGCCUGUCUUGCGUACCCCUCUCAUCUUCCCUGAGAGACCCCACCAGGUAUCCUUUCCGGAGAAGAUGGGAGGAGGCAGAUGUGUUGGUAGUUUUACAUGACAUGGCUUAACCCUGCUUCAGGCUACUAUGUCCUACCUGAGACCAUCCACAGGUUUCAGAUGGCUAGGGGCUAACAGUGUCACAGUAUCGCAACAUCACAGUAAGGUCUGGAAGACAACCUGAAAUAAGAGGACCUGUUGGGUGUGAUUGAUUGAUUGAUUAUUUCAUUGUGUUUAAAAGGCUUCAUUUAAAAAAACAUUAUUAUUAUUAUUAUUUUUUUACCUUUAUUUAACUAGGCAAGUCAGUUAAGAACA